UUAUUUUGACUUGAAAAUUUGUUUAUGGCUUAAUGGUAUAUUCCUUGAAAUUGAUGGAAAUUUCUCCUAUUUUUUUAUUUGAUUAAUAUAUUUUUAAUAGUUCUUUGAUCUUUGAUUUCAACAUUUAAGGGUCAAAUUCAGUGUUUUUUUACCCAGUACAGAUUGUUAUUGAAUUCAUUGGACUUUUCUUCACUGUGGAGGUGGCAGAUAUUUCGUGAAAUUAAUUGAGAUGCGCAAAAGCUGGCCUGGACACUAUGUUCAUAAUGAGAAAAAAAAAGAGUUGUCAUUUACUUUUAAGUUCUUACAACCGGUUCUCUCUUCAGCGAGUUUGAUAUACCUGAGUAUAGUACAUAAUGCGUACACGAUCACUUCUUGCACAUUGCUUGCCUGGUCUCAUAUCGCAAGAUCGUGGGUGUCACAUGUCAGUCAUAUCUGACAAAGAUGUCCAUCUUCCCUCACCGGCUGUGGAGAUAGUUCCAUCAAAGGCUACUCAUCCCUACAAAUAUGUUGGGGAGACUGUAGAUUUGGAUGUCUUCAAGGGUAGAGUCAGUGUUGCUGAUAUUAUUGGAUUCACUGGUUCAGAAACAAUAUCCUCAAAAUCAGAUGGGCAUCUUAAAUCUUGGGACAUCUCAAUUGAUCUUGUUAAUGUUCUCAAGCAUGAGAUUCGGGAUGGACAACUGAGCUUAAGAGGCAAAAGGGUGCUUGAGCUCGGUUGCAGUUAUGGGCUUCCUGGCAUUUUCGCUUGUUUGAAGGGAGCGUCAACGGUACAUUUUCAAGACUUCAGUGCAGAAACUAUAAGAUGCACCACCAUCCCUAAUGUUUUAGCAAACAUUGAGCAGGCCCGUGAUAGGCAGAGCCGCCAACCUGAGAGUCCUUUGACUCCUUCAAGACAGAUUCUUGCUCCAGUGGUACAUUUUUAUGCUGGGGAGUGGGAGGAACUCCCUACAGUCUUAUCUGUGGUGAGGAAUGAUAUAUCUGAGGUACCAACAGGAAAGAGCCUUAGCUUGUCAGAGGAGGAUUUCAUGGAUGGUUGUAGUAGCCAAGACGGGAGCAUAUUGGGUCUGGAGUCUUCCUUAAGGAGAUCUAGGAAGCUCUCUGGAAGCAGAGCAUGGGAGAGGGCUAAUGAUGCAGACAACGGCGAAGGUGGAUAUGAUGUAAUUUUAAUGACUGAACUUCCCUACUCGGUGCCUUCCCUCAAGAAGCUAUAUGUGCUUAUAAAAAAGUGUCUGAGGCCUCCCUAUGGAGUAAUAUACCUGGCUGCGAAAAGGAAUUAUGUGAGUUUUAACAGCGCAACACGUCAUUUGAGAAGUGUGGUCGAUGAGGAAGGUGUUUUUGGUGCCCAUUUAGUGAAGGAGCUAGCAGAUAGAGAGAUUUGGAAAUUCUUUUUCAAAUAAAGGACAGUCAAUUUCACUACUACUGCAUUUCCUCAGCACCCUAAAUUUUAUUCAUCUAGCGUUGUUUCUUUUUUACGCAUUGAUAUUUAUGUUACAAGUAUCAUAUGAUUACUAGAGCACCUUAUGAUAGUCAAGUUAUCUAUGGCUUUGGGUCCUGCUGGUUUAUGUAGUUAUUUAUGCUUGUGUACCUUCUUUUCUUCCUUAUUUUGAAGGUGUAAAUUAAAUGUACAUUAUCUUGGUUAAUCUAUAUUUUCUUUGAUUGGUUUUA